AUGAAUCCCCUCAAGCAGAAUGAUGUCGACGUUAGCAAAUUGAGUCCGGAUGAGCAGCGUCUGUAUGCCUUGUAUGGCAAGAGGCCCAACAAGAAGGAUGUAUUGCAGAACAAGCUCAAGGAGCGCAAAUAUUUUGACUCGGGCGACUAUGCUCUGAGCAAGGCCGGCAAAGCUUCGGACGUCGGCGUCACCAACAUCGGCUCCCGCCACCCAGUUCCGGAGAACAUUCCACACCUGACAGCCACCUCCCCAGGUGCCAACAACCCCGCAGUGACCGGGAAUGGUGGCAGUAUCAGUGCCCAGGGGGGCCAGCAGAUCCCUGGUAGCAUUAGCGGCCACCCCAGCUCGCCCCAUCAAGGAGGGGGGAGCUUCCUCCACCGUGGUACCAGCAUGAGCGAGGGCUCCAUGGACCCGGAGGUUCAGGAGAAGGAGCUGAGUGUGAGCCCACCCCCUGCUCGAGAGGGUGUGCCCAUUCGCCGGUGA